AUGAAGAAGGUUCUUUUACUGUUUGAUAUUGAUGGAACGCUGACUCCGCCAAGGCGUUCUCAACCAGAUGAGGUCCGGGAGGCUAUUCGGCGUGCAAGGAAUGCAGGAUUCACAAUGGGAAUCGUUGGUGGAUCCGAUUUUGCCAAGCAGCGUGAGCAACUUGGGGAUGAUGUUCUACAACAGUUUGAUUACGUGUUUGCCGAAAAUGGCUUGUUGGCCUAUAAAAAUGGGAAGGAAAUUCAUCGACAAAGCCUCCUCCAUGAACUUGGAAAUGAACGCAUUGUGAAAUUUGUUCGAAAAACCAUGCGCCUUCUUUCGGAUCUCGAUAUUCCCGUUCAGCGAGGUACAUUUAUUGAAUAUAGGAAUGGAAUGAUUAACGUCUCCCCGAUAGGCCGCAACUGCUCUCAGACAGAAAGGGAUGAUUUUGAACGGUAUGACAAGGAACAUCACGUACGUGAGAAGCUUAUCCAAGAACUUCAAAAGGCCUUUCCGGAGUACGGGCUAAAGUAUUCUAUUGGGGGUCAAAUCAGUUUUGAUGUUUUUCCAAAUGGAUGGGAUAAAAGGUAUUGUCUGCGCUUUCUGGAGAAGGACUUUGAUGAAAUUCACUUCUUUGGUGACAAGACUGAUGAGGGUGGUAAUGAUUAUGAAAUUUACAUGGACCAGCGGACCAUUGGACACUCUGUAAAGUCAUACAAAGACACCAUCGAAGAAGUUGACAAAUUGAUUUCUUCUAAAUAA